AUGAAAUUUUUAUUAGUAUUGAUAAUAUUAUAUAAUAUUUUAAAUAGUGCACAUUCAGCUCCAACAAUAACAGCUGUUUCAAAUGGAAAAUUUGGUGUUCCAACAUAUAUUACCAUUACAGGUACUGGAUUUACAGGAACUCCAGUUGUAACUAUUGGUGGCCAGACCUGUGAUCCAGUUAUUGUAGCCAAUACCGCAUCGUUACAAUGCCAAUUUUCUGCUCAAUUAGCUCCAGGAAAUUCAAAUUUUGAUGUUAUUGUAAAGGUUGGUGGUGUACCAUCUACAGGUGGUAAUGGUCUUUUUAAAUAUACACCUCCAACUCUUUCAACAAUAUUUCCAAAUAAUGGAAGAAUUGGUAUGAUUUUAGUUGAUGGACCAUCCAAUAUAUCUGGAUACAAAUUAAAUGUGAACGACUCUAUUAACUCUGCUAUGUUAUCUGUUACUGCUGAUUCAGUAUCCCCAACAAUUUAUUUCCUCGUGCCAAAUACAAUCGCUGGUGGUCUACUUAAUCUUGAACUCAUUCAACCAUUUGGCUUUUCAACAAUUGUAACUUCCAAAUCAGUGUUUUCUCCAACCAUUACAUCAAUCACCCCAUUAGCUUUUGAUCUCACACCAACCAAUGUAACCGUCACUGGUAAAUACUUUGGUACUACAGCUAGUGUUACAAUGGGAAGUCAUAUCUAUACAGGAUUGACUGUUCAAGAUGAUGGAACAAAUUGUCAUGUUAUUUUUACUACUCGUUCAGUUUAUGAAUCAUCAAAUACUAUAACUGCUAAAGCUUCAACAGGUGUCGAUAUGAUUUAUUUAGACAAUCAAGGUAAUCAACAACCAAUAACUUUUACAUAUAACCCACCAACCAUUACUUCAACAAAACAAGUCAAUGACUCUGUUGAGAUCUCAACAACCAAUACUGGUACUGAUUUCACUCAAAUUUCUUUAACCAUGGGAACCUCAAGCCCAACAAACCUUGUAAUCACUGGUACAAAUGAAAAGAUUGUUAUAACUCUUCCACAUGCUCUUCCAGAAGGUGAAAUUCAAUUCAAUUUGAAAGCUGGUAUCUCAAAUGUUGUCACAUCAACUUUAUUAGUUACUCCGGUUAUAAAUAGUGUCACUCAAGCACCUCACAAUGGUGGAAGUAUUACAAUUUCAGGUAUCUUUUUAAACAAUGCCCAUGUUUCGAUUGUUGUUGACCAAAAUACUACUGAUAUAGUUUGUGCUCCAGAUUCAAAUGGUGAAUCAAUCAUUUGUCCAGUUGAAGCUGGUAGUGGUACUAUUAAUUUAGUCGUUACAAACUAUAAAAACUUUGCUUCAGAUCCAACUAUUAAAACUGAAGCCACAACCUCUACAACCUAUACAAUUCCAGACACUCCAACUCCAACUGAUACAGCCACCCCAUCUCCAACUCCAACUGAAACAGCCACCCCAUCUCCAACUCCAAAACCAACCAGCACACCAGAAGAAACUGAAGCACCUUCAUCAGCAACAACUCUUAUUUCACCAUUAUCUUUAAUUGUUAUUUUCAUUUCUUUUGUUUUAUUAAUUUAA